AUGGCCUCGUCAUCCGACGCGGUAGCGGGUUAUGUUGAGGGCGAGGCCCCCAUUCCUGAGCCUGUGGUUUCGUCGGAGGGCGAGACCGAUGGGAGCGACAGUGAGGGUGAGACCACGGAGGAGGAAGAGCCAACAACCCCCAAUGAGCAGGAGAAGCAGAAAAAGGACGACCGCGACGACCCAGAUGAUGAUGAGGCCGACAUCCUAGCAGAAUGCUCAAACAUGGUCCCAGAGAACCCGCAGGACUUCUUCUACGACUCCGAAGUGAUUACCAUGUUGGAGUCCGGUGAGGAUGCAAGGGCAACCAUCAAGGAGCGCUACGAGUGGUAUGCAAAGAUGAUGGUUGCGAUGAAAAAGGCUGACCAGAAGUUGCAGGUCUUGAAGAAGAAGCGCGCCCGUGAUGCAAAGAAAGCCAAAGACAAGGAGGAGAAAGCAAAGCUGGUCAAGGAGGAGAAGGAGCAGACCUUCAAGGUGUCCCUUGUCUUGCCCGAUGCCACGGUGGUUCAGUUUGAGUUGAGCAAGGGCAUGACGACUGGGGAGUUCCGCUUGUUGGUUGGGACAAAGUUGAUGGGCAUGAGCAAGAAGGCCACGAAGAAAAUGAGCCUUUACUUGGAUACCAUCAAUGUGACGGAAGUUCCUCGCAGAACGAUUGCCUACUACAAGGACUUGUGCGAGGGCAGUCGCAUCACUGUGAAGUUUUCCUUGGCGGGUGGCGGCAAGAGAGCGGCUGGGUCGGCAGGAGCGAAGACAAAGGCGAUGUCCAUCAAGGAGUGCUUGGAGGAGAUCAACAACAACAUCCACCGCAUCAGCUUCGCUGGUUCGGCGUCGCCUGUGGUGGAGCAGGUAAAGAACAUCGCCAAGGAGGCAGUAGGUCACAUCAAGAGCAAGACCCCCAAUCUCGCCGAAAUGCUGAUGAACUCCUUGAACAAGGAGGCACUCGUCCGCAUCAACACGGAGGUGGUGGCAUCAUCGGCUAAGCCCUUCGAACGUUGCCGUCUGAUGAGUGAGAUCUCCUAUGAGAGCAUCCAUGCAAAGCUGGAGGAGAUGGAGUAUCAGCACAACAAAGCCAAGGAGAUGCUGACCCACACCAUCUACCUGUUUGUUUGCUCCGAGUUUGCAGACGCAAACACCAAUAUUUCGUGGGCAUCUUUGUCGGAGAAGCUUUUGAUGACGAUCGCAAAGAAGGAGGACGUUCAAAUGAAACCGUCCAAGUGA